UAAUAAUAGAAGCUAUAAAAAUGGGAUUUCAGCGAUAUAAAAAACGAUUUUUUAAAAACGCUGUUCAAACAUAUAAGAGCAUUGAUAUUUAUGCUAAAGAUUUGACUCUGACAUUUGAAGGAGAGGAUAAACAUACGACAUAUGUCGGAGCAACCCUGACAACAAUGAUUUUAAUUUUCAUGAUAAUUUAUGCAGGAUUUCAGUUGGAAACAAUGUUUAAAAGGAAGCAAACUACUGUCAAUUUGAAAAGUGUAUAUCAAGAUCUCACAAAAAAUUAUGAUAAUAUAUCUCUUUCAGACUAUGGCUUCGAUUUGGCUCUUCAGCUUUCAAGUGAUGGAAAUACCACAUAUGAUGAAAGUAUUUACAAAUUUAAAGUUCUGAAUAUUAAUUCAUACUGGCAAACCAAUUCAAAUGGAGUUGCUACAAGAAUCAGACAGGAAACAGAACUUCCUCUUCAUAUAUGUACUGACUACAAUGGAACAGAUGACGAUAUCAGCCGACUUGGCAUUAACAAAACCUAUUGGUGUCCACAGAAGAAAGACUACUCUAUUGGAGGUUCUUUCCAGGCACCAAAUUACAGGUACGUAGAAGUUCAAGUCUUCAAGUGCCAUUCAAAAAUAGGAACUGCAACUUGCGAUUCGGAUCAGACGAAAAUUGAUGAAUUUAUUAACAACGGGAGACUUAGUGUAGCCUAUAACAACUUUUAUUUUGACUCAGACGACUACGAUAGCCCUGUCAAAAGGUUCAUAGACGAUAAGUUAUGGGUAAAUCUCAUGGCUGAUAGAAUGAAAGAUUCAGACGUCUUUGUUAGGCAAAAUGAAAUCUCCCUCCAGGAUGGAUAUGUCCAGAUCACAGGGGAAGAGAAAAAAGAGUUCAUAAGUAUAUCAGGCGCAAGAGAAACUUUUGAUAAUAUAUGGAGCGACUGGCCAAAAGUAGCAGGCCUCUUCUUUAGAGUUGAUACUAUCAAAGAUUCAUAUGAAAGACAAGUUUACUCCAGUGGUGAUUUACUAGCCCAAGUUGGUGGCAUAUUCUCCUUCCUUAAGGUAAUUGGAGGAGUUCUUGUUUAUAUAUUCAGUGAACGUCUCCUAGUAGCUUCCCUUGCUGGUAAACUUUAUCAGGUAUAUGACAACAAACCAGAUGUUCAAGAGAAAGGUUACAAACCUCACAGCUUUGACAACGGAGACUCUAUUGUACAAAUAAAUCAUUCAUCCAACAAGAUUCAUGAUAUUUCAGCAGUUUCACUUGUAAAUGAAGAAGAUAAAUUGCUGAAAAAGAGAAACCCGGUCAGGAAUAUUUUUAAAAACGCUUUAUAUUGCCAAACAAAAACUGAUAUUAUUUCGAACAAACUAAAAGAUAAUAAGCGGCUUGACGAUGUUGAUAGGCUUAAGAUCAAAAAUCUAGUCACUUGUAGAAAGAGGUUCAACUAUAAUUCCUUCCAUGUCCUCCAGUACAUCAUCUGUUGUGUUGCUUGUCGCCAAAGGAGGAACAAGAAGAAAUGGAAACGUCACUUACUCUACAAAAAGGCUGAGGACAAAGUAUUUGAACAACUUGAUGUAGUAAACAUUCUCAAAUGGAUAGAACAACUGAAGCUUUUAACUAAAGUUCUUUUAAACAACAAACAAAAGUUCUGGCUCAAAUUCCAAAAAGAGCAUAUUCUUGAAAUAGAUAAUGACUCUGACUUUGAAAUAGAGAAGAAAUGGAAAGAAUUUGAGCAAGGAGACAGAGACUUCAUCAGAAGGUACGAGAAAAAGGAUCCUCAAGCUGUAGAGAGAAUGAACAAGAUGCUUCAAAACUUAGAGUAUGGCAACCGUUCAAAUUUUGACCAGAAGAUUCUCAUGGGGCUGUUUGAGGAGUAUGCAUCUAAUUCAGAUGAAGAAGAAAAUGUUAAUAGGGUGAUGAAUUCUGAUGAAGAGAGGAAGGAAUUCUAUAGCUUAUCUAUUAAUCCAGAGAGAAAGAAACAAUUCAACUCUAACAAAGAUAAUGAUGAUCAGUACGAUCUCUCAAAUCUUAAGAAUUUGUAUAACAAUCCCGAGGAGAGUUUACUAUAUAUCGGAGCUAGGAAGAAAUUCAAUAGUCAGGCAACUAUACAAGACCAAAAGCACAAGCAAAUUCGGAAGAAGACGAAGCUGAAAUCGAGUAUGUUGGAUCAAGUGACUGGGUCUAAGGGCGCCUUCAAGAGCAAGUCAUUUAAUAAGGGAAAUAAAGAGAAACCCAAUAAGAAAUAUUUAAAAAUUAAAAAUAAGCCUAGCCCAGUCGCAUCUCAGAAUGUAGAACCCAGCGACUCAGCAAGCUCAGACUCCGCUCCUAUAGAACCUCCAAAACCAGACCCAUACACGUUCACCAGCAUCGAACAAAAAAUGAAACUAAUCCGUGCUGCUGAAGUUCGACAAAUGGAAGAGGAAGAAGAAAAGGAAAAUGAAAGGAAGAAGCAAGAACGCAAACGGAAGAAAGAGGAACAGAAGAGGAAGGAGCAGGAGGAGAAGGAGAGGAAGGAAAAGGAGAGGAAAGAGAAGGAAGAGGAGGAAGAGGAGGGAAAGGAAAUGAAGAAGGAAGAGGAGGAAAAGGAAAUGAAGGAGAUAGAGGAGCUGGAAUUAAUGGAUGAGGCUGAAAAUUUGGAUAAGAAUAAGAUGAAUGAGGAUGAAGAGAAGGAGGUUGAGAGAUUGAUGAAGGAAGAGGGGGAUAAGAAUGAGGAAUUAAAGAAAGAUCAAUGGAUGGAAGAUGAUCAGAAAGAAGAUUCAAAUAGGGAUUUAAUUAAAGAAACUAUAGAAGCAAAUAAGAUGCUUCCGAGAAAGUUUGAUUCUCCUUAAUGAAAUCCCAUUUUCUAAAUAAAAAUGUAAAUAUUU